CCGGAGCUGCCCCUGCCGGAGGGCUGGGAGAAGGCGCGCGACUUCGACGGCAAGGUCUACUACAUAGACCACACGAGCCGCACCACCAGCUGGAUCGACCCGCGGGACAGGUACACCAAACCGCUCACCUUCGCCGACUGCAUUAGCGACGAGCUGCCACUAGGAUGGGAAGAGGCCUAUGACCCACAGGUUGGAGGUUACUUCAUAGACCACAACACCAAAACCACUCAGAUCGAGGACCCCCGGGUACAAUGGCGGCGGGAGCAGGAGCACAUGCUGAAGGAUUACCUGGUGGUGGCCCAGGAGGCCCUGAGCGCUCAGAAGGAGAUCUACCAGGUGAAGCAGCAGCGCCUGGAGCUUGCACAGCAGGAGUACCAGCAGCUGCACGCCGUCUGGGAGCACAAGCUGGGCUCCCAGGUCAGCUUGGUUUCUGGUUCAUCAUCCAGCUCUAAGUAUGACCCUGAGAUUCUGAAAGCUGAAAUCGCCACUGCAAAAUCCCGGGUCAACAAGCUGAAGAGAGAGAUGGUUCACCUGCAGCAGGAGCUACAGUUCAAAGAGCGUGGCUUUCAGACCCUGCAGAAAAUCGAUAAGAAAAUGUCUGAUGCUCAGGGCAGCUACAAACUGGAUGAAGCUCAGGCUGUCUUGAGAGAAACAAAAGCCAUCAAAAAGGCCAUUACCUGUGGAGAAAAGGAGAAGCAAGAUCUCAUUAAGAGCCUCGCCAUGCUGAAGGACGGCUUCCGCACUGACAGAGGGUCACACUCGGACCUGUGGUCCAGCAGCAGCUCCCUGGAGAGCUCGAGUUUCCCGUUGCCGAAACAGUACCUGGACGUGAGCUCCCAGACAGACAUCUCAGGAAGCUUCGGCACCAGCAGCAACAAUCAGUUGGCAGAGAGGGUUAGAUUGCGCCUUCGAUAUGAAGAGGCUAAGAGAAGGGUCGCCAACCUGAAGAUCCAGCUGGCCAAGCUCGACAGUGAGGCCUGGCCUGGAGUGCUGGACUCUGAGAGGGAUCGGCUGAUCCUCAUCAAUGAGAAGGAGGAGCUGCUGAAGGAGAUGCGCUUCAUCAGCCCCCGGAAGUGGACCCAGGGGGAGGUGGAGCAGCUGGAGAUGGCCCGGAAGCGGCUGGAAAAGGACCUGCAGGCGGCCCGGGACACGCAGAGCAAGGCGCUGACGGAGAGGUUGAAGCUGAACAGUAAGAGGAACCAGCUGGUGAGGGAACUGGAGGAAGCCGCCCUGCAGGUGGCAGCUCUGCACUCCCAGCUGAAAAGCCUCUCGAGCAGCAUGCAGUCCCUGUCUUCAGGCAGCAGCCCCGGGUCCCUCACGUCCAGCCGGGGCUCCCUGGCCGCCUCCAGCCUGGACUCCUCCACCUCGGCCAGCUUCACUGACCUCUACUAUGACCCCUUUGAGCAACUGGACUCGGAACUGCAGAGCAAGGUGGAGUUUCUGCUCCUGGAGGGGGCCACGGGCUUCCGGCCCUCGGGCUGCAUCACCACCAUCCACGAGGAUGAGGUGGCCAAGACGCAGAAGACAGAGGGGGGCAGCCGCCUGCAGGCCCUGCGCUCCCUGUCCGGCACCCCGAAGUCCAUGACCUCCCUGUCCCCCCGCUCCUCCCUCUCCUCCCCAUCCCCGCCCUGCUCGCCUCUCAUCGCUGACCCCCUCCUGGCCGGAGACGCCUUCCUGAGCCCCCUGGGGUUUGAAGACCCGGAGCUCAGUGCCACUCUUUGCGAACUGAGCCUUGGCAGCAGCACCCGGGAGCAGUUCCGGCUGGAGGAGCCAGGAGUGGACGGCAAGCAGCUGGGCCAAGCUGUCAGUACAGCCCAGGGGAGUGGCCUCAAAGUGGCCUGUGUCUCCGCUGCCGUGUCGGACGAAUCCGUGGCCGGGGACAGUGGAGUGUAUGAGGCGUCUGUGCAGAGACUGGGUGCUUCAGAAGCUACUGUGUUUGACAGCGACGAAUCAGAAGCAGUGGGUGCGACUCAGAUUCAGAUUGCCCUGAAGUAUGAUGAGAAGAAUAAGCAAUUUGCAAUAUUAAUCAUCCAGCUGAGUAACCUCUCUGCUCUACUGCUGCAACAAGACCAGAAAGUGAACAUCCGUGUGGCUGUCCUUCCCUGCUCUGAAAGCACCACCUGCCUGUUCCGGACCCGGCCCCUGGAUGCCUCGGACACUCUCGUGUUUAACGAGGUGUUUUCGGUGUCCAUGUCCUAUCCAGCCCUUCACCAGAAGACCUUAAGAGUCGAUGUCUGUACCACGGACCAGAGCCGUCUGGAGGACUGCCUGGGAGGUGCCCAGAUCAGCCUGGCUGAGGUCUGCCGGUCUGGGGAGAGGUCGACGCGCUGGUACAACCUCCUGAGCUACAAAUACUUGAAGAAACAGAGCAGGGAGCCUGAGCCAGGGGGAGCCCUGGCCCCCACCCCAGGGCCUGAAAGCACGGAUGCUGUGUCUGCUCUGUUGGAACAGACGGCAGUGGAGCUGGAGAAGAGGCAGGAGGGAAGAAACAGCGCCCGGCCCCUGGAAGACAGCUGGAGGUUCGAGGAAGAGACCAGCGAGAACGAGGCAGCCGCAGAGGAGGAGGAGGAGGGAGAGGAGGAGGGAGAGGAGGACGUCUUCGCCGAGAAGACCUCACCAGAUAUGGACGAGUGCCCAGCGCUAAAGGUGGACAAAGAGACCAACACAGAGACCCCGGCCCCGUCGCCCACAGUGGUGCGGCCCAAGGACCGGCGGGUGGGCACGCCAUCCCCAGGGCCGUUUCUCCGAGGAAGCACCAUCAUCCGCUCCAAGACCUUCUCCCCCGGACCCCAGAGCCAGUACGUGUGCCGGCUGAAUCGGAGUGACAGUGACAGCUCCACACUGUCCAAGAAGCCACCUUUUGUUCGAAACUCCUUGGAGAGGCGCAGCGUCCGGAUGAAGCGGCCGUCAUCCUUCAAAUCCCUGCGCAACGAGCACCUGAUGCGCACCUCGCUGGACCUUGAGUUAGACCUGCAGGCCACCCGAACCUGGCACAGCCAACUGACUCAGGAGAUCUCGGUGCUGAAGGAGCUCAAGGAGCAGCUCGAACAAGCCAAGAGCCAUGGGGAGAAGGAGCUGCCGCAGGGACUGCGAGAGGAUGAGCGCUUCCGCCUGCUGCUGAGGAUGCUGGAGAAGCGGAUGGACCAAGCAGAGCACAAGGGUGAGCUUCAGGCGGACAAGAUGAUGAGGGCGGCCGCCAAGGAUGUGCACAGGCUUCGUGGCCAGAGCUGUAAGGAGCCCCCAGAAGUACAGUCUUUCAGGGAGAAAAUGGCAUUUUUCACCCGGCCUCGGAUGAAUAUCCCAGCCCUCUCUGCGGAUGACGUCUAAUCACCAGAAAAGUAUUUCCUUUGUUCCACUGACCACGCUGUGAACGUAGACUGUGGCUAAAGUUAUUUAUGUGGUGUUAUAUGAAGGUACUGAGUCACAAGUCCUCUAGCGCUCCUGUCGGUUUGAAGAUGAACAGAUUUUUUAGUUGGGGUUCUAUUAUUAUUAAAAAAAACAAAAACAAAAACAAAAACAAAAACAAAAAAACCAGCAUUAAAAUGACAAGAUUGUAUAGUUUGUAUAUUUAGGAAUGUAUUUUUGAGAAAGAAAAUUUAAAUGAACUAAAGCAGUGUUAAGUUGCUGCUCUUCUUAAAACAAAAUUGUUUAGAUUUUUUUUUUUUUUCUUGUACAGCUCUACCUUCUAGAGGUUUCACUGCAAUAAGUAAGUAAUGUUUUGGGGACGGUAAUCCUAAAAGGACGUCCUAUAGACAUCACAGCACAGCUGACCUUUCCUACUAAACAUAUUUUAUACAAUAUUUUUUAAAUGCACACGAACUGUUUGGGGGGUUCCGGGGUGCAUCUGUGAAUCUUCAUGAGCUGUGAUGUGUUUUUGUGUGGCCGCCUGAUGUGGAGUGGGCAGCACGGAGCUGGCAGCAGGCCUGCCCACGCCGGUCUCGGAUGCCAGUGAAGCCACUGAAGUGAGUGAGGGAGGGCUGUGGAAAAUUCCUUUCAGUUUUAUCUCCAUCAAUAAAGUGGCCUUUCUGAACGAAUUUCCUCUCUCUUUUUCUCCUCCACCCUUCACUUCAUCUGUUUCCCUGAUUUUUGACUCUUCUCCUUCCCAAUCAUUUCCUUCCCACCCAUCCCCAGGCCAGUGCAGGUGAUGUUUUGUUUUUGUUUUGUUUUUGUUUUGUUUUCUUUGCCUGCCUUUCACUCAUUUACUCAUUAAAUGGAAAUGACUGCUCAGCGGGGCUAUUGCAGGCGGUUGGAAGUCAGCCUUAAACAAGGAGCGCAAUCUCUUCUUCCUUCCUUCCUCUGACAUUAUUCUGUACAAUUUUCCUCAGAGUAUGUUGCACCACCAGUCACAUCAGAAUCACUGGGGGCAGCUUGUUAAAAAUACAGACUCCUGGACCCUCCCCCAACUGGGACGGGCCCAGAGACCGGCUUUUAUCCAUGCGCUCACGGUCAGUCUUAUGCACGCUGCAGUUGGACGGACCAACUAUCAUGCGAGUGAAGCCCAGGCUGUCCCUCGCCUCCCCACUACAUUCCUUACCUGGCUGUUUCUCCUUAUGUAGAAGGAACCUACAGUGGCAUAGAAUCCACCAUUAUUCCCCAUGUGGCUUCCAGGGCUUUUGAUAGCCAGGCCUCCCUCCAACUGUCCAGUCCAGUUUCUCACCACCAGCUGGGGCUUCUUUCCCCAGGGUGUCACAUCUCCGAACACGCCGGUGUCCAAUGCACGCACUCUCUUUUGUGAAAUAACAUCCCAUACAUUGAGGGUUAGCUUUGCAGUUUCUUCAAAUGAGUAUCAGAGUCCCCAAUCAAUUUCAAUACAUCCCGAAGCAAAACAUUGUUUCACGCUGUUCCUAUGGGCUCUGAUAUCUGCAUGGCUCAGAGCUUUGAGACAGCUGCCGUCCUCGAAGACCCUGCCCUUCUGUUAAGUGUGCUGGCAGCAGUGAUGGAGCAGAUGAUUCAAGCCAGACAGAGUGACCCAUCCCAUUGGCUACCAAGGAUAGGCAUGGGACCCCAGUUGGACCAGUCUGACCUCUUCUACAAUUUUCACCUGAAGGUUAGAGACUAGAUUUUUCUCUUCCUAAAGCCACCUGUAACCAAGGUUCUAGCUUCUGGGGCCAACCCCACAGAGAAAAGCAGAAGUGGGGAGAGAAUGGUAUCCUUGGGGUCUGACUUAAUUGACACCAGAGGUCAGCUGCAUCCUCACUCUAUCUGUAUAGUCUGUCUAGUGAAUCCUGUCGAGUGCUCAAUAAAACUGGACCAUCGUGCAAUGGGAUUUUUUCACUCGGUCACACCUUUAUCCGUGUUCAGCUUUAUCAGCAAGGGUCAGCCCCUCACGUCCCCGCAGCAGCUGCUUCUGUGAAGCAGAGUCCUAAAGGACCUGCUUGUGUUAGGGGGAAAGCUACAUGGAGCAAGCACAUCCUCCUACCCAAGAAGUGUGUCUCAGUGUCUCUUCAGCUGAUGGAGCAUUCCUAGGGAGAACGAGGCCACCCCUUCAGAAGGGGAAGGCCCUCCGUCUGCCGUGGCAUCGAAUUCCCUAUACCUAUAAACAGUCACUGCCCAGCCACCAGUACAUCCCGUUGUUGUUUGCCUGGUGAGAAAUUGAAGAAUAAAUAAACUUCCACUCAUAAUUGUGUGCAUGUGUUCUCCAAAAUUUUCAGAAAACAAGGUCUUAGAAUUGUGAAAUGACCUGCUCAAGAUCACUCAGAUUAAUAAAUGGCCAGACCUAGGAUGCGAACCCGA